UUUGGUGUUUUCCCUUUUCAAAUGACUUUCAUUUAAUUCGUUGGGAGUACAGUAGGGGUAUAACAUUGCAUUUCCCUUUUCUUUUCCAUAUGCGCGCGCGCUCCACUGAAACACGGAUAAACUGUAAAAAUCCAAGUUCCAGAUUGAACUCACCACCCCCUCUUUUCACACUAAAAAAAUAUCUCACCAAAUCCUGAGAUCAAACCUCAAAAAAUGGAGACUAAUUCAUCCGCUAAGGAUCGGUCUCCGCCUCCUCAUCUCUCGUCCGAAAACGCCGCCGUUUCUUAUGAUUCUCCCUACCCAAUAUAUGCCCUGGCCGUCUCAAACCACCACCGACGCCGCCGCCGUAAAAUCGCCGUCGGGAGCUUCAUCGAGGGUUUAAACAACCGGGUCGACAUCCUUUCUUUUGACGAUGAAACCCACUCACUUCAACCCAUCAUCCCUAAUAACCUUUUCUUCCAUCACCCUUACCCACCCACUAAGCUGAUGUUCCAUCCCAACCCCGCCGCCGCCGUUGAACUCCUUGCCUCCUCCGGCGACUACCUCCGCCUCUGGGAAUUCCGGGAGGAUGACGGUUCCUCCUCAGUUGAACCCGUCGCGACUUUGAAUAACAGCAAGACCAGUGAGUAUUGCGCCCCGUUGACCUCCUUCGACUGGAAUGAGGUGGAGCCCCGAAGGAUCGGAACAUCCAGCGUGGACACCACUUGUACCAUCUGGGACAUUGAGAAACGGGUGGUUGAAACCCAAUUAAUUGCCCACGACAAAGAAGUUUACGACAUUGCCUGGGGUGAAGCUGGGGUUUUUGCGUCCGUUUCCGGUGAUGGAUCGGUGAGGAUUUUCGAUUUGAGGGAUAAAGAGCAUUCCACCAUCAUCUAUGAGAGCCCCCAGCCCGAGACUCCGUUAUUAAGGUUGGCUUGGAACAAGCAGGACUUGAGGUACAUGGCCACAAUCACGAUGGACAGCAACAAGAUUGUGAUAUUGGAUAUUAGGUCUCCGGCGAUGCCGGUGGCAGAGCUGGAGAGGCACCAGGGGAGUGUUAAUGCGAUUUCUUGGGCCCCACAGAGUUGUAGGCAUAUCUGUUCUGGUGGGGAUGACGGGCAGGCGCUGAUUUGGGAGCUGCCUACCGUGGCUGGACCUAAUGGGAUUGACCCUAUGUCAAUGUAUGACGCUGGAGCUGAGGUUAAUCAAAUUCAAUGGUCCGCUGCGCAGCCUGAUUGGAUUGCUAUUGCAUUUUCGAGUAAGUUGCAGAUGCUUCGAGUUUGAUUGGAACUGAACUUUUAAAAGGAUUAAAUGUCUGGUAGACUUUUUCAGUCUGUUGGGAGCUUGCCCUGUUGAUUACCUUUAACUAUUUAGAUUUUCUUUUUCCUUUAUGGGUUGAGUAAGUUGCAUAUGAUUACGAGUUUGAGGUAGCUUUGAAAAUGUAUACAUUGUUUAUGUGUGUUCACUUGUCCAAUUCACUUGUACGAUUAAUUAUGAAGAUAUCAAGCUGUUUAAGGUUAGAUUAUCUUGUUUAUAGUUUGCCAGAACUCGCCAAAGCAGGUGUUUUUUUUUUUUUUUUUGGGUUCAAUAUGUUAAUGUGACUUAGUGUCUUCCUUACUGAUUUCGUUUGUAUGAAAUUCUUGGUUAAGUUUUUGUUUAUUGUCCCGACUCUGAUGAGCAGGACAUUUAUUUCCUUUUGACUAGUGACCUUAUGAGUAUUUUAUCUUUUGUAUUCAGGAUAUCCGUGUUUAAUUUGUAAUAACUCGAAGAAUUAAGUUUUUCAUUCUAAUUGUUACAUGGACCUCUGUAUUAUUCUUGCCGAAAUUCAUUCAUUGGUGCACAUUGCUUGGUUUUGUAUGUGUAUUGUGCCAAUGUUUAUGUGAAUAAGCUUGUGGUGGAGGAUCUUUGUAAUACUUAUUCAUGCAUCAUGAUGGUCUAACUUAUUAUCCAUGGGGUGUUUGGAACACCAGCUAUAGCAUAAACACUUUCCAGUUAGGCCAAGACCACUAACCACUUUGAUUAAGGACGUAGAGUACUACUAAAUCUAAAUUUGACUGUGAAUAGAGAAAUUGUUUUAACUGGAUCGGUCAAGUUUCUCCUAAAGUGGAAUUUAGUGUUUAAUACUUUUAGAUGGGUCUAUCAUCUGCUGCCACUGUGAAAGUUUUUGCUUACCUGUCCUUAUUUGCUGUUUGAGCUGCAAUAAAUGGAUAUGUUAACAGUUUAAGGCAAGGAUUCAACACAUGAUUGACUCAUAGUGCACAUUUGUGUGAUAGUUCAUGGCAUUGUGCUAGAUGUGUGUAAGCCACUAUGAUAAAUUGAGCUUUCAUCCGAACUUCACGGGAGCCCAGAUUGGUGUUAUCUUUGCUGGUUCUCCACUCUUUGAAGUACUAAUCUGUUGUUGGCUGAAGAAUUAGGUUUGCGAAACGUUAUGUUCUUUUUCAUAAGCUCAAGGUAUCUGUCUUUUCUCCUAGUGAUGUGAUGGGAUCCUGCAUACCAUAGUCUCAUUGUGAUGCAUCUUUGAAUUACAUUUAGUUUUUUCGCACACACUGUCUGCUUCUCCCAUUUCUUUUUGCAUCUUGUUUUCAUCGGUGCCCGGAAUCAAGGUUUUGUUUAAAGUCAUCCCCGGUUUAAGAAAUCAAGUAGUAGUAACUAGUAGUAAAGUAUAAUAAUCCAUCAAAAUGAUGGAAGGGUGUUUGGAUCAUUUUAAGGGCUGUUCUUUUUUUUGGGGGGCUUAUCCAGAUUUUUGGGAGUAGGGCAAAGAGAUAUUUCUGAUCAGCUUUCCUGGAUGACAAGGACUGUUGUUUGACAUUUGAUAGCAUAGAUAAGCUUGCUUUUCCGCAGGCGAUGUGAACAAAUUGAUGUGCUUAACGCAAGGGUGCCUGAUUCCUAUGGGUCUGUUUGAAUUUUCUGUGAACCAAAAAGUAUUGCGACUAAUCCCACGUAAAUGUUGGCCUCAAAAGUCCAUACAUUUCACUCUUGAAGGUCGUGUAUUGGAGACGACUAUCGAAACACGUCCCCACACACCCAAUUAU